AACCCCGCCCCACCGGAAAGAGAGUCGCCGAGGUGGGGGAGGAGCCACAAAAGGGAUUGUGGGAGAAAGGCUUCUUCCUUUCCUCUGGCGGCGGCCAUCAGGUGAGCCAAGAUGGGUGCGUACAAAUACAUCCAGGAGCUAUGGAGGAAGAAGCAGUCCGACGUGAUGCGCUUCCUUCUGAGGGUCCGCUGCUGGCAGUACCGACAGCUCUCCGCGCUGCACAGGGCUCCCCGCCCCACUCGGCCCGAUAAGGCGCGAAGGCUGGGAUACAAGGCCAAGCAAGGUUAUGUCAUUUACAGGAUUCGUGUCCGCCGUGGUGGCCGCAAACGCCCAGUUCCUAAGGGUGCAACUUACGGCAAGCCUGUCCACCAUGGUGUUAACCAGCUAAAAUUCGCGCGAAGCCUUCAGUCUGUCGCUGAGGAGAGAGCUGGACGCCAUUGUGGGGCUCUGAGAGUCCUGAAUUCUUACUGGGUUGGUGAAGAUUCCACAUAUAAAUUUUUUGAGGUUAUCCUCAUUGAUCCAUUCCAUAAAGCUAUCAGAAGAAAUCCUGACACCCAGUGGAUCACCAAGCCAGUCCACAAACACAGAGAGAUGCGUGGGCUGACAUCUGCUGGCCGCAAGAGCCGAGGCCUUGGAAAGGGCCACAAGUUCCACCACACUAUUGGUGGCUCUCGCCGUGCGGCCUGGAGAAGGCGCAAUACUCUCCAGCUCCACCGUUACCGCUAAUACAGUAAUGUUUGUAAAAUUCAUGCCCAAUAAACAAUUUAGGACAGUCAUGUCUGUUUAAAGGUGUUAUUUGUUGAAACUAGUGUGCAGGUUGUCAUGAGUGCUUUGUGGACGUGUACAGGUUAAAGUGCAAUAAUUGUUUGGAGACCACAAGUGGUGGUGUAUCUUGUUUCUGAUAAACUUUCUGUGUUUACACUGUCUGCUUAGGGGAUUAAGCAUAUGGUAUUUACGCCCUGUGGUGUCCUGUGUAAAGUCCUAUAAAAGGGAGUCCUGAGGUUGGCCCUAGAUGUGUUGGGUGCAUGUGGUAGAGCCUACCGCCUUAUUGGAGUGAUGCUAUCUGGUUCACUGAAGUGGCUGCUGGCUUGGGGAUUUGUUGAGUAUAAACUUAGGGAUUGGGUACUGCUUAGAAAUGUGUAGAGAGAGGCUUUCAAACUGUUUUGUGAACAUAGAAAAGU